UAAUCUAAGCAGUCACUGGGUGCGGGCAGAGGUAUUUGAGAGGGGGUUGGAAAAUGACAGCCAGCCACUUACCAAACUGGGUGGCUGGCUAGGCGUCUUGUUUAUAUUACUGCACACCUCGGUUUCCAUCGUUCCCAUCGAGGUGUUUGCGUCGUGCAAUCAUUCAAAAGUAUGGUUGUUGUCGAACGAUGCCGACAUUUUGCGCAGUUCAAGGAUGCGGAAACAAGAUUUCAAAACAUCUUGGAGAUGUUGUUGUACACCGAUUUCCACUCGAUUACAAGCGGUUGGAAAUCUGGACAUCUUUUUGCGGGCGCGGCGAUACUUGGAAGCCCCAAGGAAAUCAAGGCAUCUGCUCAGCUCACUUUCCAGAGAGUAGCUAUGAUGGUGGAUACCGCAUGCGACACGAAGCUUUUGGCGCAAAAAUGCGACGCCAGUUACUUCCCCGCGGUAAUCUAUUCCACUAUUGCAUCAAGCUAGACGAGAACCUGAUACAGCAACGGGAUGAAACACUUUCCUCGCUUGAGAUUCAACUGGAAAUGGCCUUGUCUACAGUUAAUGAUCAAAAAGAGCAGAUAGAAAUUCUAAAAACAGCGAACAUGAAAAUAGUACAAGAGAUGGAAGUGUCUGAGAACAAAUUGCAAAAUCAGUUGUUGGAAUACGAACGAAAAUUAAGAAAUUGUAAAUCUGAACACGUCGACAGACUGAUGGUUAUCGAGCACAUGCGUGGAUUAUUGAAGGGCGUGCUCACAAAUAACCAGCUGGAUGUGAUAUUGGGUCAAUGUGUUGCCAAUACUAUAUCUACUCUCGGAGAUGAUCAAGAUAUUUUGAAAGAGUCUCAAGAAAGCGAUGGGUUCAUCUACAUCCUAGGAUGGAUCGCUAUGAAGCUGAGAAAAACUCAUCCUGACUUAGGUGAUUUCACAGGAAAAGCAAUACAAGAAGCAAAGAAAAUUCCCAAAUUUCUUGCGAACUUGUCAUAUGGAGGGCUUACAACACCAUCGGAUGCUUUCCAAACUGUUGGAAGAGCGAUUGAGACAGUAUUUAUUGAAUGUCAAGGUAGAAGUGGCUUCAAGAUAAAGAAAGGUGUAGUAGACAAUAUAGUUGCUGCCGUGAUGCAGAAACAUCCAGGAUUCGACGAGACUGUUGUGAAAAAGUAUAUAAAAAUAAGAACUAUUACAAGGAUGAGAUACGAGAAUAUGAAAAUUGAGGGAUUGAUUACGGAAAAUACGGAAGAAUUGACAUCAACGAAAAGAAAGAUCGAUUCUGAUUCAUCAAGCAUCCCGAAACGAUUCAAGCAAAGUGGACCUAACAAAUUACCGAACAAGAGUCACUUAAUAAAAAAGUAUAAGAAGUUAAGUUCUAAAUAA